AUGGGUUGUUUCACAGUUUUGAAGAGUAAAAAGAAAAAGGCUGAGGAGCCGAUGCUUUCCCCAGUAGUACAGGGUGGCAAUCCUCAGGAGUGUUUGCAGCCCACCACACUACCUGAACCACCACGAAACGCUGCCACUCGCUCCCUGCAAUCAGCCCCUCCAAGUUUUAGAACUAGAGUUAAGCCUGUUCAACCGAAUAAAAAGCAACCGAAAAACAAUAGGAUGCGGGCAUUAUCUGCCCCAUCAAGUCUUGUUGCUGCUGAGGAUACCCUAUCGUCCAAUGAUUAUGAAGAACAAGAAGAAGUAUCCAAGAGUCGUGUUGGAUCCAAGAAAGAUUACUACCAGCCCGUGAGCCCUCAACCUCUGCCUCUUCCAUCCCCUCAGAAUAAUUACUCUGCGCCAUUAAAAAAUCUAGGAAGCUUUAAAAUGGGAAAUAAUGCCAGUGGCCCUCUUAAUGCCUCUGGACCGCUCCCUUUGCCCCCAGCAGCUGCCCCUCCAACAACUAUUAUUCCUGCUUCAGGAGGAAACCUGAGAAGCUUUUCCUAUGAAGAAAUUGCUGCUGCGUGCUUUAAUUUUUCUCCUGAUCGAUGUGUGUCAGAAGGUCUUUCUUCAGUUAUGUACCGUGCUUCUUUUGGGGAAGAGAGCUCUUCAUCCAGGAAGCUUGAAGCCACAGUCACCCGUCUUCAUUCCUCUAAUCAGAGUUUAAAGGAAUUCAUCAAUGAGGUGAAUACCCUUUCCUCUUUGCAACAUCCACAUCUCUGUAAAGUUCUUGGUUUUCAUGCACGGGAGGGAUCCGAUUGCCGGAUGUUAAUUUAUGAGAGACUUUUCCAUGGAAGCCUGGACCGGCUUUUACAUGGAAGAUCAGAUGGUCCUCCUCUUGAUUGGAAUGCCAGGAUGAAAGUUGCUUUAUGUGCUGCACAAGGUCUUACAUUCUUGCACGAAGAAGGGCCUUUUCAGGCUAUGUUCCAUGAGUUUUCAACUGCCAAUAUACAGAUUGACAAGGACUUUAGUGCAAAGCUUUCUGGAUAUGGAUGCAUUAGCCACGUUGCGGAGACAGAUAUCUCAAAUAGUAAUCUAGCAAUGGCGAAUCUUUCUGUGGAGACAGUAGAGAGAGGUUUAUUAACUCCAAAGAGCAACGUGUGGAGUUUCGGCAUUGUGCUGCUCGAACUGCUUACCGGGCGAAAGAACCUGGACAGUCGGCAUCCCAAAGAGGAAAGAAACUUAGUCAAAUGGAGCAGGCCAUUCUUGGCUGAUGAUUGUCGCCUUUCUUUAAUCAUGGAUCCUCGGCUUAAAGGCCGGUUUCCUUCUAAAGCCGCCCGGACUGUCGCUGAUAUUGCACAAAAGUGUCUCCAAAACGACUCUUCCGUUCGGCCAACAAUGAGAACUGUUGUAGAGCAACUCAAGACUAUACAAGAUAUGAAACAUCCUUCUAGAUUUCCAUUGCAGGAGCCUGGAUCAGUUUCUGGAAAAAACAUGUUGAGAUCACCGAGUCUAAAUGGAAUUGUAGUUUCCCCAGCCCCUAGGUUAAGUUUCUCCCCAUCACCACCAGCAACACGGCCAUCCAUUUCCCCGACUAGACCUAAUUUAUUACCGGCAGCAUCUUUUACUCUGCGAAAUUGUUCAUCUUCAUCGCUGUCCUUGGAAGACUUUGAUCAGCAGGAAAGCCGGAAAUCAUCAUCAUCAUCAGCAGUAAGGAGAUCCAGUGUCGAGGGCUUUUGA